AUGGAAGUCACUUCCGUUAAUGAAACCUUGUUUUGCGGUCGAGAAGGCGGCAUCCACGAAGCUGGCUUCGCUCACCUCACCAACUCCGACGGGACAGAAGAUAAGCAUAUGUUCUGGUGGCUGUUCAGAGCACGCGAGAAUGCAGAAAAUGCGCCCGUCGUGCUGGUCUUCGGCGGAGGGCCAGGCUCCUCUGGGAUGAGCAGCCGUUCCUCGGCCAAGGCACCUUACCCUUGGACCGAUCAUGUUAAUAUUGUCGCCGUUGAUCAUCCUGUCGGUGUAGGCUUCAGCUAUGGAGAGGAAAGCUCCCUGCGCAGCAGCAGUCGAGAAGCCGCUUGGGAUCUCGACGACUUCUUGCAGCUGUUCUGGAGGCACCAUCCGCACUUGGCACGGAACCCAUUCUUCAUCCAUUCCGGGUCAUAUGGCGGCACGUACAUUCCGCACAUCGUCCAAGUCAUCCGAGAACGUAAGGCGACUCCCUGCCCGGCAUCGCGCAUCUCAAGGAUCAACAAAGCUCCCGACGCUGUCAUGAUGAGUAGUGUUUGGUCAGAUGCGGCGGCGCACUUCCGGUACUACGCCCGAUCUAUGCACGAUGAUCUUCACUUCAUCAACCGGACGGGGCUCGAGCUGGUCACCCUGGACAUGCCAGACUGCUUAGACGGCAUCCAGCUUGCGUACGAGCAGCCUAUCGACGCCAACAAAGUCACCGCGCUGAACGCUUGCAUCAAGAUGAAGCACGAGGAGCUGCUGGUCGGAAGGGACAUGUCGGAUAAUCGGUGUACGAAGCCUUCCGGGUGCUACGCGGCGGCGCUGAAGGCGGUCGAGGACGUCAUGAACUCGACCGGACCCAAGGCUGCGACAGGUGUUCCGGAAAGUGUCGAUUAUCGGCGAACGGACUUUCUCCGACGAAUACAUACUCGCUUCGUAGCUACAGGGGACCCCAUACAAGCCGCCUACCGUCUGUUGGACCCUGCUAUUGACGACGGACUACGCCUGCUCGUAUACACCGGUAACAACGAUGGCAUCUGUUCAUGGCGAAGUAAUUUGGCUUUGUCAAGCGCUAUAGGCGCGUGCAUGUCUCUUCUCCAGACAAAGCACCAGGACGAGUUCCGUACCGCGCCCGAGCAGCGAUGGCCCGGCGUGGGACGGUUCAAGGUUGCAGGAGAUAUGAACGGUACGAAGGCCGGUGAUUAUGCCUUCGUGAAUUUAUGGGAAUGUGGCCAUGGUCCCUUCAAGGACCAACCGAAGAUCGCACGUCACUUACUGAUGAAGUGGAACAAGAACGAGUCUUUCCUCGGAAGAAAUGCCACUGUCACGAUUAUCUGA